AACAGCUCUGUAUACAGCUUGGCCACGAGCAAUCGCGAAGAUCGGCGAUGAAGAGCUCCAUCCCGCUGCUCCUCUGCUUCUCCUUCCUCUCUCUUCUCUCUCUCUACCUCAUCUCCUCCCAAAACCCUAGGAACCAUAACCCUAAUCUCCGCCUCACUUCCAUGCAGCCCCGGCUCAAGGUGCUUGUUGCCGACCUCCCACGCUCCUUCAACUAUGGCCUUCUCGACGUGUAUUGGUCCCUCUCCUCCGCUGACUCUCGCAUUUCCUCCUCCGAUCCUGAUCCACUCCUACGCCGUCAUCUCUCCACCCGGAGACCCCUCCUGUACCCUGAGAAUCCUCUCAUUAAACAGUAUAGUGCGGAGUACUGGCUGCUCGGCGACCUCGAGACGCCGGCAGAAGUGAGGUCGGCGGCGUCUGUGGCUGAGCGUGUGUUUGAUUUGGAGAAGGCUGAUGUGGUUUUUGUUCCGUUCUUCGCGACGCUGAGCGCGGAGAUGGAGCUGGGGUGGGGGAGGAAAGGGGGAUUUGGGAAGAAGGAGGGGAAUAGAGAUUAUGAGAGGCAGAAGGAGGUAGUGGAAAGGGUCAGGGCUUCGGAUGCUUGGAAGAGGUCGGGGGGUCGGGAUCAUGUCUUCGUCUUGACUGACCCAGUUGCAAUGUGGCAUGUUAGAGCUGCGAUAGCUCCUGCCAUUCUUCUGGUGGUUGACUUUGGCGGAUGGUAUAAGAUUGACUCUAAAACAUCUGGUGGUAACUCUUCACAUAUGGUUCAACACACUCAAGUGUCAUUACUCAAAGAUGUGAUUGUGCCUUACACUCAUAUGCUCCCAAGGCUUCAUUUAUCUGAUGAUAAGCAUAGGCACACCCUUCUCUACUUCAAAGGGGCUAAACACAGACAUCGGGGAGGGCAAGUUCGUGAAAAAUUGUGGGAUCUGCUGGUUAAUGAGUCAGAUGUGAUUAUGGAAGAAGGUUUCCCCAAUGUAACUGGCCGUGAACAGUCCAUACAAGGAAUGCGAAACUCAGAAUUCUGCCUGCAUCCGGCAGGAGACACACCAACCUCAUGUCGCCUUUUUGAUGCCAUUUCAAGUCUCUGCAUACCAGUCAUUGUUAGUGAUAGCAUUGAGCUACCAUUUGAAGGAAUGGUGGAUUACUCUAAGUUUUCCCUUUUUGUUUCCGUCAACAAUGCCUUGGUACCAAAAUGGCUGGUAAAUUAUUUGAAGAACAUAUCUAAGGCAGAAAAGGAGAUGCUACGCCAGAAUUUGGCUCAAGUUCAGCCGAUAUUUGAAUAUGAUAAUGGCAGUCCAGGUGGUAUUGGAGCUGUACCUUCUGAAGGAGCUGUGAACUACAUUUGGAGAAAGAUUCAUCAAAAGGUGCCUAUGAUUAGAGAAGCAAUCAUCCGGGAAAAACGGAAACCUCAGGGUGUGUCUAUACCUCUGCGUUGCCAUUGCACAUGACAACUAGUUCCUCAUCCUUUCAUCCAUAUCUUGUUAUUCAUGCUCUGUAUUCCUGAUUUUUUACUUUUUGCUUCAUACACUUUGACAUGCUUUUUAAAGUCUAUUUAACGAAAUUGCAUGUUACUUGAGAGGAAUUAUUCGAGUUUGUUGAACUUGGAGAGUAUCUCACAUUGA